AUGACAACCAUCUUCUUCCCCCCCUUCUCCUUCUCCUCCAAAUCCAUACCCUACUUCAGCCUCCCCCAAGCCGAAGAUGGACCCGAACCCCUUCAAUCCCAGCAGGAGAAAAGAAACCAACGACAACAGCAACAACAGUCCAUCUGGCCAAGUAAAACCCUACUAAGUUUCUGGAUCUUCAUGUCCCUCUUCUUCGCCUGCACAACGACCUGGUUAACUGCCGAGUUACACGCCGUAAGGAAACAUGGGAGUUUUGCACAGGGGUUUAGGAGUGAACUUGACGCGGCCAAACACCUGAUCAAAGUCAAAACGGUGGACUUUGGCGGGAGUCCCCGGUUCAAGGAGGAUGGGACCGAGUAUGUACCUGUCCCGAGUGAUGGCGAGGCUGCUCAUUAUAAGGCGUACGUCGGCACGCCGAGGAGGGAGAUUGAUCAUAAUUGGGCUUUGUUGCAUUGGGGCCGCUUCUUUCUCCUGACGGAACAAGAAGCCAAAAGCGCCUGGGGUGAUGAGUACAAGCAGUUUUGGAGUCCCAAGCAUGGGGGAUACGUGGUUGCCCUAGAAGUAAUGCACACCCUCCACUGUCUAGACCACAUCCGCAAAGCCUUCUACCCCGAUCACUACCCCGUCGACAGCGACAUCCACGGCACUUUACACCGGGACCACUGUCUUGAUCACCUCCGACAAACUGUCUUGUGUAAUGCCGACCUGACGCCCAUCCCGUCGCGGUACUACAAGGCGCUGGGACAGAACUAUAUCGACUCGGAUCGGCCGCAUACGUGUCGAGAUUUUGGCAGGAUUCGGGAGUGGGUGAGUGAGAGGUUUAAUGGGAGUUUGAAAGUCGAGCCGGCUCCUGGAACGGUGGUGGAGGAUGAGUGGAGGAAUGGAGGGCCGAGCGGGGGAGGUAUGGGUAUGGAGCAUGAACAUGGGCAUGGAAAUGUAUAACCUGCCGAUGGGAUGUCAACCAAAGUAUCGGUUGCUGUGUUGAGGUCUGGUUGUUUGGUUAAAUAGUUUUCGUUGAAGUAAUCGACUGAUUCAGGGAUAAUCGUGAUAUAUGUAUCUGAGGGUCAUUAUUACGCUGAUUUGGUGGAAGCGGCGACAAUCCAGACACCUUAAUUUGG